AUGAUUAUGUAUACAAUGAUGAGCUUGCAUAUGUGUUAUAUUCUUAGACAUAACUUGAAAGUUAUGAUGAAAUUCGUUGGCAUAACAAUAACUGGACUUGGCGCUAUUCUCAAGGUGGUAACCUUCAUGAUAAAUCGUGACUCUCUGAUAAAUUAUCAUCGGACACUGAAUAAUCUUUUCGAGGAGGAGCUAAUGAAGAAUGAAAAAAUUCAGAUGAUAAUAUUUUCGUCCCUACGCACAAUAUAUAUCCUGGCAUAUACAUAUUUCGUCAUCCUGGUAGUAGUAAUAUUUGCAUUUUUUGGUUCUACGUAUAUCUUUAUAAUCCACAAUCUUCUCUACCUUCAUUUAACUACGAACUAUACUCUGCCGCUCAGCAGAGGAGUGGGAUGGUUCUGGCCCAUUCCCCACAAUUUUUUAUAUCAUCUACAUCUAUUUUACGAGACAAGCCUAAUAAUACUCAGCACCAUGACGGCGUGCGGUGUCGACAGUGCUUUUGGCUUUUAUGUUUAUCAAUUUAGCUCAACAAUACGCGCCAUGACCUUCGCUCUCACGAAUCCUUUGCCCACCGAGAAAUUUUCGGAUAUUCUGAGAACAUGCGUGGUGAAACAUCAGAAACUACUGCAAUGUCGCAAUACGCUGGAGCACAUCUACGGACCGAUCGUCUUUUGGCAUAUUGUCACUAAUGCCGUACUUCUUUGCUCAUUGAUGUACGACUUAAUAUCAUUACCGAACUAUAAUUUUUACAACGUGUCCGCGUCUCUAGUAUAUGCUGUAAUAAAACUGCUUCAAACAUUUAUAUACGCAUGGCAUGGCACUGUUCUCACAAGUGCGGGCGAGGAUUUUCGUAAAGGAAUAUACUUUUGCAAAUGGCCCAAUUCUAGUCUCGAUCAUCAUAUGAGGACAAAUAUUAUUCUAAUAAUGAUGCAAAAACCAAUGACUGUAAACGCUUUUUUUUCUCCCGUCGAUGUAAUCAUGUUUACUAAUUCCGUGAACGCUACAAUGUCCUAUUUUUUCCUGUUGCAAUCUAUCGAAUAA